AUGUGGCUGCUGCAGGGGAAGAACGUCGAGCACACCUUCAAGAAAAUCAAGCAGACGGUGUCGUAUGCCGCCGAGGUGACGGCGUUCGUCGAGAAGGGCAAGCUGAGCAAGAUCAGUGGCGUCAAGACCAAGGAGCUGAUGCUCUGGCUUAGCGUCAUCGAGGUGUACGUCCCAGAGGCCUCGCCGGAGAAGGUCACCUUCAAGACCAGCACUGGCCUCUCUGACAGCUUUGAUGCCGCUCCCUUUGCGCUUGGGGAAUGA